AUGGACAAGCGCCGGUCCGAGACAACGUCGAGGCUCGUGACGACGAGCGCCCAAGCCACCCACAAUUUCGAGGUGACCGAUUUCUCGCUGCUCGAGGGCAUGGGCGCCGGCAGGUACGUCAGCUCGAGGACCUUCACCGCCGGCGGCCGUGCCUGGAACAUCAGGCUCUACCCCGACGGGGAGGUGGACAAAGCCGCCUACGCGUCGGUCUUCUUGUGUCUCGUCGGCGGCGCCAAGGACGCCAGGACCAACUACACUCUAGAGUUACUGGACAAAGACGGCGAGGUAUCCCAUCUCCAGGACCAGGGCACCACCACCAUGAAAUCAAAUACAUUUGGUGCGCCUUUUAAUGCCUGGGGUUUUCGCAACUUUGUAGAGAAAUCCAAGCUGAAAACGCUGCUGUGCCGCAACGGCGACGACGGCUUCACGAUCAGGUGUGUUCUGACCGUCGUUGGAGAAUCUGUAUCUGAGGACGUGCGCGCCGUGGCCGUUCCGCCAUCAGACAUGCACCAGCACUUCGAGCGCAUGUUGAAGGACGGGAGAGGCGCGGACGUUGCGUUCAACGUCGAUGGCCAGUUGUUCCGCGCCCACAGAUGCGUGCUCGCCGCGCGGUCUCCGGUCUUCGCGGCGGAGCUCUUCGGCCCGAUGAAGGAGAAGGAUACGGCGGAGCCGAUCAAGGUCGACGGCCUGGAGCCCUGCGUCUUCGAGGAGCUGCUUCUCUUCAUGUACACCGAUCGGAUCUCGGACGACGGUAAGCGUGGCGCCGACGACAAGAAUGCGGCGGCGCAGCACCUGCUGGUCGCGGCGGAUCGGUACGGGCUCGACAGGCUCAGGCAGAUGUGCGAGGCCAAGCUGUGCCGUGGCAUCGACGCGCGAACGGUCGCCACCACUCUUGCUCUAGCGGAGCAGCAUCGCUGCGCGCGCCUCAAAUACGCUUGCCUCGCGUAUGUUGCCUCACGGGAUGUGCUGGGUGCUGUCAUGAAAACAGAUGGAUUCAAGCAUCUCGCCGCGAGCUGCCCUCUGGUUUUGGUGGAGAUUCUGGACGCGAUCGUCAAAGGCAAGGAUCAGUAGUGUUUGUUAAGUUUGUGACGGGGUGGAGCUGCCUCGAUGAAAUUUGCAACAUUCAGUGUAAAAUACUGCUCACCGCUGUAUGACC